UGGGGACGAGGCACAUCUCUGAGAUACUGACUCUGUUCUCCUCGCGCGUCAGCCUCAGACAGUCACCGACCUCUUAUCCUCGAUUCUUUCGGACGUCGAACGGCGGAGAAAAAUCUCAGCUUUAAAUUUCCCACAUGUUAAACGCGUUUCUCCACGCCCGCAAAAGCCAUUUCUGUAUUUCCCCUCUCUUGUUUCUUUGACAAGCAAAAGAGCUGCUGCACACGAACCUUCCGCUCCGUCUCUGUCCACACCCAUAACCCGCCCCCCUUUAUCAACCCCCUCUCUCUGUCCUCUCUACACGCAGACGAAAACCCUGAAACCCCCAUCGCCUUUCAUCUUCUGAAUCUCCGUUCCCGUGAUCGUAUCGAGAAAUGGCGACUGGGUCGUCGGGCCGCGCCAAUUCCGGGUCCAAGGGCUUCGAUUUUGCCUCCGACGACAUCCUCUGCUCUUAUGAAGACUUCGCUAACCAGGAAUCUUUUCAUGGAAGCCAUUCCGAUCCCCCGAUCCCUACCGACUCCGCCAAGGGUAUUCAUAAGAAUAGACUUGUGAGGCCAGUGGCAUAUGCCCCCCCUUCCUGUAGCCGGCCAGAAGAUUCUUCAAUUCAGAAUGUGGUUUCCACUGUUGAGAAAAGCAUGAAAAGAAAUGCAGACAGUAUCAUGUGCUUUCUUGAGGGAAUCAGUUCUCGGUUGUCGCAGUUGGAAUUGUAUUGCUACAAUCUUGACAAGUCAAUCGGGGAAAUGCAUUCUGAAUUGACCCGUGAUCAUGAUGAAGCAGAUAUGAAGCUCAAAUCUCUUGAGAAACAUGUUCAGGAGGUUCAUAGAUCAGUUCAGAUCCUGAGAGACAAACAAGAACUUGCUGAAACUCAGAAAGAACUGGCCAAGCUUCAUUUUGUGCAGAAGGAUGCCUCCUCUUCAAGCCAAUCUCAAACCAACGAGGAGAAAUCCCCCACCUCCGGUUCCAACAAGACCGAAUGUAUGUCUGAUGCAUCGAAUCAGCAACUGGCUCUAGCACUGCCUCAUCAACUAGUGCCACAGCAACAGCCACAGCCACAACCAGUGUCACUUACCUCACAGGCUCCUCCUCAAAAUGUGUCUCAACCACAGUCCUACUAUUUGCCUCCUGUGCAGAUGCAAACCAUGACAGCCUCAACUCAAAUGACUCGAACACAAUAUAUGCCUUCUGAUCCUCAAUGUUGUGCUCGCCAAUCUCCCCAAGUGCAAAAUGUAUCCAGCGUUCCGGCACAGCCUAUUCAGCCACAAGUGCAUCAGACGUUGCUGCCUCAGUCAUUCUCUCAUUAUCAGCAGCAGUGGUCUCGGCCAUUACCACAGCAGGGGCCAGUGCCACCACAGCAACAGUCAUCUGCACAAGCUCAGAUCGUAGCACCAUCAAUGGUCUAUCCUCCACCGAGCCAACCGACAACGCCAGCUCCUAAAGAAGCACCUCUGAGCACUGUACAUAUGCUAGGUCAAUAUUCAGGAAUUCCAGCAACAGCUUCUGGUCGUCCUGAGAAUGUGGCCAUUGGAUAUGGUGACCCUGGUAGAACUAUUCAGCAGCAGCAGCAGCAGCAGCCUCCACCUCAUGCUAUCAGGAGUACUUUUAUUAUGCAGAACAAUGAUGGUUAUGGAGCUGCUGGGCCAAACCCUUCCAUGUCUCCCGGGAAUACAUAUAUGGUGUACAAUGGCGAAGGCGGAAGGGUGCACCAUGUGCCUCAACAACCUCCCUUACCCCAAGGCCCGUAUUUUCAGACGAACAUCUCCUAUCAGAAUCCGCAAUCCACACCACCCCCUAAUCACGUCGUGCGAAAUCCGGCAUAUCCGCAGUUUGUUAGGAAACAUGCCGAUAAUGAGUUGGUUGAUAGGUUAGUGGGCAAAGGUUUCCGAGUUGACCAUGUUGUAAGUGUGAUUCAGAGAAUGGAGGAGAGUGGACAGCCAGUGGAUUUCAACUCUGUGCUUGGUAGGUUGAGCGUGCCCUCUUCAGGAAAUCCUCAGAGAGCCUGGUCUGGGUAAUACCCCGGGCUCUGAGUUCUGGCUGCAAGAGAUUGCUGUUGCAGGCUUUAUGGAAUAAAUGGCGAAACUAUUUGCAUCAUGCCGUCAUGUAUGUUUUCGGAAUGAUGGCUCUACUUUUGACUCGGUGGAUAUGUCAUCUUUGUUGCUGAGGAUGAUCCGAGCAAAUGGCUUAUGUGGAUUAGAUUUUCAAUUCAUCUCCAGGGAUCAUUAGUCUGAUAUGUUAUGUUUGAUCCCACAAUUGAGCUGCUUCGUAGUAAGCAAACGAAUGCACAUGGGUUUUUCUUCUAAUGUGCUGGUUCAUGUUGUAUUUGGAGUUAGUCACACAGGCAAGACUAUGUUUCGGGCU